AUGAUUUCACCUCUUGGUUUUCUACCAUUCUCGCGCAUUCUUGCCAUCGUCCCUAACUUGUUCGAUUCUCAUGCAGUGUGGCUUGCUAGGUGGCAAGCCGAACUGGAUGGAAGCGGAAUGGUUCUCUGGGAAAAUGGCUGGGAGGACGAGCCAGCUCUGGAUCCUGGGUUCUUCGGCUACUGUAAUGGCUCAGUGCAACGCUACUCCCCAGUCUGGGCAAACGAGUCUUCUAUCGUCAGUUGUAUUGACAUCCCAACCCUUGCUAUUUGGCUUUCCAAGUCAACAAUGUCGCUACUCACACACUACCUCCUCCUCGCCGCAGUGGCGCUGACUGGCGUCGCCGCCGACACCGCUGACGCCCCGGCCUCCGCACCGAGAAUCACGUCCGUCAAGUACUCGGGUCAAGGCUGCCCGCAGGGAUCCGACAGCGUCGCGCGCACCGGAGACUUUGGCAACCUAGGGUUCAAGUUCAGCAAGUUUGCCGCCAACUCGCCCGGCACCUCCAGCACGACCGCCUGCGAGGUCCACGUCCAGGCCUCGGGGGGCUCCUCGGGCUGGCAGGUGAGCCUGGCCGACAUCUGGGUCAAGGGCCACGCCGUCCUGCAGCCCGGCGCGUGCGCCAACUACUUCACCACUGCGUUCUGGUCCGACGACCCGACUGACACUGUUACUGUCCGAGGCACGCUGAACAACGAUGACGACAAGGUCCUCGACGUCCCGGUGACUAUCCACAACUCCGUCCCCACCGGCAAGUCUUCAUGGUCUCAGUGCAUUGGGGGCGACGGCAACCCGGGCAUCCUCAACGUCAACUUCCGCGUUGCCCUGUCCGAUGAGAGGAAUAUCUUCACUGUCGAUGCUGAGGAUGUCAAGUUCCGGUGGAGGCAGUGCUAG